AUGUGGCGAUUAGUUGAUUCCAUCCAUUGGCGUGAUCACUUGGUUGACUCGUGUGCAAGCAACCGGGGCACAAUGGGCCACGAUGAUCCAACGGACGCUAAAAGGGUACUUGUCCGGAGUUUCCUCCACUACGUUGAACUCAUGAAGAAGGAUUACGACUGUAUGGGACAGGCGCGAACACUGCAAAUGCUCAAUGAAUUACACGCGAGAGCAAAGGAUGAAGCUCUGAUCAUGCUGGAUAGUGAAAUAGCCGCAGAUGAUCCCGCGGUGGUGGAGCAGUUUCGAAAUCGAUUGAUGCAGAACAUUGAACUACAGCUGGACAAGCGAAGAAAUGAACUUGAGGAUCUUAUUAAGUGGAAAGCUGUUCCCCGGAAUGGUAACAACGAUGGUGGAAUCGACGAGAGACUGAAAAAAGAACUGGAUCAACAGAAACAGCAUUACGAAUUGUUGAUGAACAACACGUUGGAUGAACAGAAAGAGCAUCAUGCAAGAUUGAUGAAAGUCCAGCUAGAUGAACAGAAACUAUUUUACGAAACCUUGUUAGAGACGAAAGCCACAGAAAUGAACAAACUCAAACAGGAGCUGAACCGAAUUUCUAGUGAAAAGGAAGAACUACAACGGCGACUUGAGGAAAACACUAGCGAAGCAACAGAGAUGGCUGACUUUCUUUCCCGUUUUGGGGGACAGGAGAACGGAUUCGAUAGCAUACAACAGAAACAAUGUGUAGUAAUGCUGCGGCAACUACUGGAGACAAGUAAUGCCAGAACAACCAAGGAGAUGCAAAACGAACUGGAUAACCAAAAAGCAGUCUAUGAGGAAAUGCUGAAAUCCAAAGACCGCGAACUGGAAGAACUCAGACAGGACCGGGAACGAUUGUCUGGAAAAGUUGAGGAACUACAGUGUCAAUUAGAGUGUAGCUGCAACGAAGCGGUGGCAACGUUGGAGCACCGAGCCGCGGAAUUAGGUCAACUCAGAGAGGAAAGAGAUCGAUUGUCCAAUGAAGUGAACAGCCUGCGCCAACAAGUGAUGACAGGCACGAAAGAAGCAACAGAGCAGGCUGCAAGACACAAAGCUGAGCUGGAGGACCUAACUGGAUCUUGGCAACAGAUGCUGCGAACCAAGGAAGAGCUGCUUGAGUUCAAAACGGCAGAGCUUACUAGAAAUCCCAAUCUAUUUUUGGAUCGGAAAGAUGAAGAGAUCCGACAGCUCAAAACGGAAAUUUUGUUGAAAGACAGAAGCAUUGAAGAUCUCAAGACACUGCUACACACAGUCGACAAUAGCAAUGAAAUCCGAAAGGCCAGUUUACAGGUUGGUGGGGCUGGCGGUUAA